GGAUUUUCUUGUGACAUGAAGACCUCGUGUUUUUGGCUCAACCUCCUGGUUGGACUUUGCUUCAGGUUGUCUUUUGCUUUUCCUCCUAAACAUCACACACGACAGGCUUUAUUGAAAGGACCUCUGGUCACAGGGAGCAUCCAACAUGCUCCCCAACAAAAGGCUCCAGCCGAGGAACGAGAGCAGGUGAACACUGUCUCAGUGACCUGCCAUCCAGACUCGUUAGAGGUCAUCAUCAAAGCUGACCUGUUUGGAGUUGGAUUUCGUGUUUGUGGUGAUGAAUUACGCCUUGGAGUGGAGUACGAUGAUAACUGUCUCGCUAGAACGUCUUCAGAAGAAGAGUUUAGAAUCCAUGUUUCACUCGUGGACUGCGGCACUAGACGAUGGAUGACUGAAGACACACUGGCCUACACAAACCUGCUCAUCUACUCUCCUGUGGCCUCUCCAGACGGGGUGGUUAGCAUGGAUGAGGCUGUAAUUCCAAUCGAGUGUCGUUAUGAAAGGAAGUACAGCGUGUCCAGCUCUUCACUCUCCCCCACCUGGAGCCCCUUCACGUCGACCCAAACUGCUGUGGAAACUUUGCAGUUUGACUUUAGAAUUAUGACAAAUGACUGGCUCCAUGAAAGAAACUCUAAUGUGUUUUACAUCGGUGAGCCCAUCGCCAUCGAAGCUUCAGUCAGGGUUGGACAUCACAUGGCGCUCCGAGUGUUUGUCAGCAGCUGUGUGGCGACGCUUGACCCAGAAAUUAACUCUGAUCCCAGAUACGUCUUUAUUGAAAACGGGUGCUUGGUUGACUCUGAGCUUCCAGGUUCUAGGUCCCACUUCUUUUCCAGGGUAGAGGAUGACAAGCUCCACUUGACUAUUGAUGCCUUCAAGUUUUAUAAUGAGGACCAGGGACAGAUCUACAUCACAUGUCACCUGACUGCCGAUGCAAAGAAUGCUGCAGAGGCACCAAAUAAAGCAUGCUCUUUUAUAGAAGACAGAUGGAGGUCAGCUGAUGGCAAUGACUAUUUAUGUGGGGAUUGUCAAAGUCCCAAUAAGCCCAGCAGCCCUGGUAAGUUUGGUCCUCGUGGGUUUGCAACGCUAGAAGAAUCUGAGCUGUUCUGGACCAAAGGAAAGAAGAUGAAUGCAGUGUUGGGACAGGAUGCAAGAGUGGGUCCCCUGAUGAUCUUACCUGCCAAUACCUGCAGAGGAGCUUCAUGCGCUUCGCAAAGUCAUUAGUCCUUCAUGGUAUGGAAGCCAGCGGAGAAGUAGACUAAAAAAGAUGGCAAUUAAACACUAACCUUCUAGAAAAGGCUUCCACCUCAAGUCCAAGCGACAGCACUUGUUGAAAACUGCACAGCAGCCCUCAGCGACGUCUUCCUAACUGAAGUUUACUGUGGCAACAGAUGUCAAUUCCAACCGGAAAUGUCCUUUCAGAUCCAAAUGACCCUGAAAUAUAAUGUAUUAAACAUUUUUUAAUUGUAUUCUGUAUGGUUAUUUUACCUGAAACAAACGGGAUAAAACUACUAGCAUAUCUGCAACAAAAGGUUCGAUAUUUACAAGGGGCUGAAUAC